UUCAUAUACAAUAAGAGCUGUCUUUUUAAAAAGAAACGUAGAUACGGACAUUGAAAAGGCAAAUGGAAAAGUAGAGACCAAAAUACUUGAUUCAAUCACUGGAUUUUUUUUUUAAAAAGAGCCUCUACUGCUUGGGGGGUGAAUUCUACAAAGUGCAAUCAUAAGUCACUGAUUAGUAUAGUAUUAGGAAAACUUAAUUUAUUCGUAGUGCAAAGUAUUUGAAAUAUUCUGCCACAGUGUAUUAGUUAUGCUAGAAAGUCAGAGGAUUGCAUCAUUGAGGGUUUAUGAAAAUUUGGACUUAUCUGUCAGUUUCUGCCAGUUUGGUUUUAUGGUGUCAGAUGCAAAAUGAAAUGUGUUUCAGAAUCAUUUUAGUUACAGUUCUGGAUUUUGUUUCAAUUUGGUGAACAUUCUCAGCAAAAUAAGUUAGUUCAUCAAUGUUUGAAAUUGUGAAGACUGCAUUCAAGAGGCAAGAUGUCAUUUCUGGAGAAAGUAGUUCAAAUCGACACAAUCACUGAAUGGCACAAAAGGGGGCUAUUUGAAUUUUGGUUAACACUCCGAAGGAGGAAUUUACUUAGAACCAUUCCCCAGCCUUCUCUCUAAAUCUCUGCUAAUCUGAUCAAAUAGUGAUCUAAUUCCCCCUUAAUGCUUUGAUCAAACUUGCUGUCUCCAAAUUCUCAACCAAUGCAUUCCUGAUCCUAACCCCUCAUUCUGCAAAAAUGUUUUUCCUCAUCUCUCCAUUGCUGCUUUCAGUGAAUUACUUUUCUUCUGUGCCACUUGUUCUUGAUCCUUCCACCAAUGGGAAUAUUUUCUCUCUGAUGAAGGGUCUAGGCCCGAAACAUCAGCUUUUGUGCCCCUGAGAUGCUGCUUAGCCUGCUGUGUUCAUCCAGCCUCACAUUUUAUUAUCUUGGAAUUCUCCAGCAUCUGCAGUUCCCAUUAUCUCUGGAAUAUUUUCUUUCCCUGCUCCAUUGUCCAGAGCUCUCUUGAUGUCAUACAUCUCAAAUUUUCUUUCAACUUUCUGUUCUCCGAGAUUCCAACUUCUACAAUGUAUGAACUCUUGAUAUGUCACAGAUUGAUUAAUCCAUGUGUGUUUGCCUGCAUAUGAAAACCUAGACACGCAUGUGCACGCACACUCACGCCAUCUGGUUCAUGCUCACCAGGACAGUUUAUAAGCGGCAGGUAAUGCUGCCAUUCAUCUUAAUGGACAGGGGGCUUUUCAUUUCUUCUAUAGUGAUUUGUGCUAAAUGAGUAAAUAUUUUUGUUUGAUAUUUGGCGACUGAAAUGUCAGUUUAUUCUGGAGUAUUUCAAAUGCUUUAAACAAGGUUUAAAGAGCCUAAUAAGUUGCCAAGACAGCCUCUGUAUUUCUCAUGUGAAGUAAUCAGCAUCUUUGUAAUUUGUUUCUCAACAUUUUCCAAUCAAUCCAUUCAGAGAUGCCAUUGCACCUCUGAAGCAAGUGAGACUUCAACCCGGGCCUUCUAGUCCAGAGGCAGAAAUAUUCCCACUGCAUCACAAGAGCCUUAGUAUAAAAUUAUUUUUAAUCACCCUGUUUGGGCAUGCUGUGACAAGAGCCCAGAACAAGCAAGACUUGAACCUGGACCUCUGGUGGGGGACACUAUCAUUGUGCCACAAUUACUAUGCUGUUGGCAGAUUGCUUAGUGAAGUGUAUUAUAUGGCAUAAGAGAUGAGGGUUUCCUUCAAAAAUGCUUUCCUGUGACAUCCUUAAAUAUUUCUUCAAAACUGAGGCAACUAAGAGAUUUUUUUUUAAAGAAGUAUGUGUCCUGUAACUACAUUCUUUUAAUUAUUCAGGUAACUUUUAAAAAUUCACAGUAUUUGCUGUUGCUUUAGUUUUAAGUCUUUGGGUUGAUAUAAAUAUGAUGGAGGGAUGGUAAUUUAAAUGUAAGUCAUCUGUCUGCCAUGAAUUGUCUGACACUAAAGUGAUGGUCCCUUAUUUUCCAUCUGUCUCAGGCAAAGAUUAGUGUAUGAUUGAAAAUAAGAAUCCUCCUCUAGUGGGAAAUUACAGGUACACGUGUGUCAGAAAAUGUGAAUAUGUAGAAUUGGGACGGCCUUGGGAGUUUGCUGAAAUGGCGGAAUGAUUACUUUGCACAAGAGAGAGGCCAGUACCCAUACUGUCCAAGAUCUUCAGUGGAUCAUUGUGGAGAGUUAUCUAGUUGAUGUCAGUGGUUAGAAAAUGUUGUCUUUGCUGAUAGUUCUGUUUCUUUGAUAUUAAAAAUCUAUCCAGUACUACCUUAAAUUAUAAUUCCUUUUUCCUCCUUGCAUAAUACUGUAUAUUAACUAGUCAUUGAUUAAAUCAAAAUUAUCUGUUCAACGUCUCUCCUGAAUUUGAAUCUAUACCUGUAAAGACUUCUGUAUUUAUUCUUGGCAUGUUGACAAAACCACAAUGUCCAACCAGAAUUCUCCUCAGCUUAUUGUGGACUUUGGAUAUGGAUUGUGAAUUGUGGAGUUUGGAUGAAAAACUUGCAAUUUUUGGCAUAAUUCUGAUUUUUGUGUCAUGGAACUGCACCACUUAAGUUUUUUUUACUUCUGUCUGAACAGGAAAUCACUCCUCUCUCAACUUGUGAUCUGACUUGAUGCUGACUUGGUUUUUAUGAUGGAGAGUUGCAGUGACUUUGUCCCCAGAAAUUGCUGUUCGUGGUGCAACCCUUGGAGUGCCUUCCUGUGCUGAGCCAUCUUCCUGGUGCUGCCUCCACUAUGGAAGUCUGACAUGACUAUUGAGCCCAAGUACCAACAAAUUGACUUGGUCCCAACACAACAGCCAGGCAUUUGCAUUCUGGCUUCAGUUCUAACUACGGGACUGGGUAGUAUGAUUCCACCUGAUGACAGUCUCAGUCAUAUCCACCCUCGGCAACAGUCAGUACUUUUCACCACCUUUUGCUCAGCCUACUCGGAACCUUGGUGCUACCCAAGCAUCCAGUGAUGGAAGAGGCAGCACUUUCUGCCCUACUGGAGUCCGAGUCCGUGGUCCCUGAGGCCCUGUUCUUUACAGAGCUCCCAGUAGAAUCUUAUCAACAAAUGAACUUCUGCCGCAGCCCGCAGCAUAUGGCCUAACUAUGGAUACUAAAAGAGAUGUAGGUUGUGAACCUCAGAAAGAGAAUGGAUUUUUGCCAUCAUCUCUGAACCAAAGACCUUUUCAAUGUGAGUCCAACGACUUUGCUUUGCCCAGUGCUACAGAGCCAUUAGACAAUUAUUCAGGUAGCCAAAGCACAGGGCCCUCCAAGUGGUCAAUUCCAAAUGAUUUUUUUGAGACUGACUCCAGAAGUCCAACUGGCAUUGGUUUUGUAAAUAUUGACUCUUACGAACCAGAAAGCAGUGAAGGAGAGGAUGAAGAUUCAACCAUUCAAGCAUCUUUGCAAAAAGAAGGAAAACUUCAGAAAAGGUUGGACACCAUGCUUUCAGAGUUAGAGAAAGGCGUUGACUACCUUAAUGGAUUACAGUCAUAUCUCUCAGCUGUAAUCCACGAUGGUAACAGCCCACCGAUUGAUCUACCAUGCUCUUUGGCAUUGGACGAUUUGACUUCUGCAGACAUUGGUGUUAAAGGACAUCAAACUGAAUUGAAAGAGCAUAGGAAAAUACUACCAGCAGUUGGAAAUAUGGAAGAAAUCAAUAGCUAUGUCAGGAUGGAGGAUGUAAAAGACAAAAGAGAAAGAAAUCGUGAUAAAGUCUCACUGAGCGUUCAAACGGAAGGAAACAUUUUCAGUUGUAUGACAGAGGAACCAAGCUCGUCAGAAAUGGUAGUAAGACCAAAAGUUAGAAAGGAAAGAGUUGAAACCUGUUCUAAAAGAGAUCUGUCUUCCCCUGAUGAGUUUGGUGGUUAUUGUACUGGGGAUAUGAAAGCCAAUUCAAGAAAUGAAUGCUGUGGAUCAAAUUCUGCCUUGUGGAACUGCAGAAAUAAACUCUAUAGAGAUUCAAAGAUCGGAUCUGGACCUAAUGGCAAGGAAACAGUUGGUGUUGAGAAGGAACAGGCCACCAUCCAAUUACAAGAAACUCUGGAAGAAAACAGCUUCUGGGAUGACUUUGAAAAUUAUUGUAACAAAGGGGAAACGAGCAGCUCUCUAAGCAGUGAUGAGGAGUGGUCAGCAAUAUGGACCUCUGAUUUCGUUUUAGAACAGAUGCAUUCUAGUGAUGAGAGCUGGGAGACCUUGUCAGGAGUUGAUGAGCAACAAACUGAACCAAACAGCAUUAGUAGCAGUCUGGAUGAAGAAGCUUUUAAACAUUGCUUCACUGUAGGGGAGCAAACCUCCUUGGAAGAAGGGGAGAUCCCCUGGGUAGCAUUUAAUGAAGAAAGUGACAGCAGCAGCAAUAGUACUGAUGAGACUGAAGGCUUGGGUCAACUUGCACAUUCAGGACUUCUAAUUCUGGACGAUAACAACAACUUUGAAGAUGAUUCAAGUGUAAGUGAAGACUUGGACAUGGAAUGGAGAUUGCUUGACGAACUUGGUGAAGGACUUACAGCUCAAGCUAUUUCAUCUGUUGAUCCACAACUACUUACCUUUAUGGCUCUGGAAGAGCGGUUGGCUCAAGCAAUGGAGGCUGCUUUAGCACAUCUUGAGUCUCUGGCCAUUGAUGGUGAGCAAGCUCCCCCUCCAGCUCCUAAGGAAACAAUUGAAUGCUUACCACAAGUUGCAAUUUCUGAGGGGCAUAAUGGCCUGGAGCAAUCCUGUGCCAUCUGUUGCAGUGAAUAUGUAAAGGAAGAGUUGGUGACAGAGUUACCAUGUCAUCAUCUAUUUCAUAGGCCAUGUGUAACCCUCUGGCUACAGAAGUCUGGGACAUGUCCGGUAUGUCGUCACAUUCUAUCAUCAACGCUUCCUGAAACUGCUGCUACUGCAUUUUUAUCAGAACCAGAGAUCCCUCCAACUUGUGGUGGGCCUGCAAUAAGAUGAAGCCAAAGUUUGCCAAAUGAAUGUCAUAGGGAACUGCACUAUUUGAUGGGAGCAGAAAGUAUGAAAAAUAUGUUUGUGAUUUUACCUCUAGGCUUAUUUUGUUAAAAGGCUGACAAAACUGUCGUACUACUGGUGAGGUGUUUAACUCUGCAUUCUAAUUAUAUGUAAAAAAAUCUUCAUUAAUGGUUGUAUUUUUGUGACAGAAAAUUAGACCUUUUUUGUUGCUGUUAAUAUUAGGGGGCUGAAUUUAUGACGUGUUUGAUUUUGUUUUCUCUGUUUAAAUGAAAUUAGAAAUGGGCUUUUUGGUUAAAAUAUAUCAUGUAUUUUGAUGCUGGUAUCUGUAUUUGCACAGAAAGCUUAGGGCACAGAUAUAUUAAGUUAAUGUUUGGAAGUAAUUCUAAGGUUUUUUUGUUUUGUCUAAUGCAGUAACACACUGACUUUACAUAGGGUGAUGGAGCGUGAGGAAGUUGUCUUAAUUCCAUGGAAUAAAAAAGGUUUAGUUUCUUUCAAUGUGACCAGAACAGUGACCAAAAAUGAAGACAUCAUCUGAUUUCACAACAGUAUUGAGAUUGUUUCACCUCCAAUAAACUGCAUUAUUAAAAUUG